AAAAAAAUCCGAUUCAUAAACGCGAUUCCAAACGCGCCAUGACCCAAAACUUUCAAGUCAGCUACACAGCCCUUGGAAUGUCUGAUGAUAAUCAUACCAGCUAUUCGAUGCCAUCGGUGGCAUCGUCUAGUGCCCGUGCCCGCAAUGUCAACUUCAAUGAAGAUCUCAACGAUUCGGCCGGCUAUCCACCGCAACAGCUGCCGCCACAGCCCAGACGCAGUUCGAAAUUGUUUUUCCAGCGACCGCGUUCCAUGUCCGCAUGGAGUGACAUAAGUCGCAGCAGUAUGCGUUUGGAUGAAAGGUAA